AUGCGUAAUCAAUCUAUUCUUUCCUUCGCGCUGGUCGCAUUCGCCUCUACCUCCCUUGCUACUUCAUCCGUGGUUGAGAGGGGUAUGCCCAUUGAGGACCUUCACGCUGCAAUUGUUUCCGCUGGUGCAGAAUUUGACCAGCUAACAGCGCGUGGCCAAGCCGAAUUCGCUUCCCUCGCUGCCUCUGCAGUUGAAAGAGAUGUAGAAACGCGAGCAAACGAUGCUGCCUCACUACUUGCCCUUCUUCCAGCAGGCCAUGGUGCCUCGAAACGUGAGCCAGAAGAGGAAUCUAAAAGAGCCGAUACUGCUGCUGGCCUUCUUGCCCUCCUUCCAGCAGGCCAUGGCGCCGACAAGAGAGCUGAUAGUGCAGCAGGCCUUCUCGCUCUCCUUCCAGCUGGCCAUGAAAAGCGCGAACCAUCUGAAGAGGAGGUUAAGAGAGCUGAGAAUGCCGCUAGUCUUUUAGCUCUCCUUCCAGCAGGUCAUGGCUCUGACAAGAGAGCUGAUACUGCAGCUGGCCUUCUUGCUCUCCUUCCAGCAGGGCAUGGCUCUGAUAAGAGAGAUAACGCAGCUUCUCUUCUCGCAUUGCUUCCUGCUGGUCAUGGUUCCGAUAAACGAGAGCCAUCUGAAGAGGAGGUCAAGAGGGCUGAGAGCGCUGCUGGCCUUCUUGCUCUCCUUCCAGCAGGACACGGCUCUGGCUAG